UAUAGUUCACAUCUCUGUGGUGGUAGGAUAGAAUGAGCUAUAUCUUGUCCAUGUGGACGUUCACAUCGCUAUUGUUUGCAAGUUUACGAGCAUUCUCUUGGCCUCUCAGGGGGUACGCUUCAAAAUAGUCCGUGUACGGACUAUUGCGUUUAAUUUUUUCCUAACAGUAUAUCUGGAAUGUAUAUUUCCAGCGAUUAUGGCUACUGCAACGCGACAUAUCCUGACAGGGUUCCUGAUCAUGACAGCAGGCGGAAUACUUCUCUGGAUGUAUAUGUUCAACAUCUCUGGACAUUACGAUUACAAAGCAGUUAAAACGCUGUAUGCUAGAAAGGCUGUCUCCAUAGAAGCCAAUAAAUAUGGAGGAGCUAUUUCACAGACGAAGAACGCCUCGUCACGGAUUAAGGUCCCUGCUGUGCCUAAUAACAGUACAGGUGCCCGGUACGUGGUAUACAUGUGUCAACACUUAUGUGGAGGUUGGGGAGACAGACUCCGUGGAAUUAUGUCCACCUUUGCCUGGUCCGUCCUCAAUGGGAGACAGUUCAUCAUAGAACACACUUGGCCUUGUGAUUUACGUAAGUUUUUACAACCCAAGCCGCCUCUACGAUGGGCCGACAACAUUCCCCAGAGAAAAGGGAUGACAACAAGACGCUUUAACUUGAUUGACAACAACAGCUUCUUGCAAGAAAUUCAAAAAACCAAAAAUUUGUCAGACACGUUCCAUGAAAACGUCCUGAGAUUUCACACGAACGGAGACAUGUUCCCCGGGUUUCGAUAUAACAAAGAUUUACAUAAAACAAUUAGGCAGAGAUAUGGGGUCGGCUUUAAGGAGUUUACUUUUGAGAAGAUGUUCAAAAGACAAUACGACACUAUCUUCGAAAUGACACCUUAUUUCAGUGAAAUGUUCCAAAGUAUUUUAUCAGAAGCAAAACCGACUAUAAAGUCAAAAUUAGCAUGUUUGCAAUUCCGACAACUAUUCCAAGCGAACAAUACACAAAAGAAUGCAUGGGCAUUUUUGAAAAAUAUUACGAGCAGUUUCCAGUCCUAUAAAAUAUUCGUAACGACUGACUCUGAGGAAAUACGCAAGGAAGCAAAAGAGAUAUUUGGCAGCGUGAUAGUGGACCCAGCAGGAGCUAUUGGUAAUAUUGAUCAUGCCCCUAGGGCACAGAGGGAACACAACUGCCACCUGCUGGAAAAGACGCUUCUAGACUGGCAUCUCCUGACUCAGUGUGACGUUUUACUUCAUAGCAGAAGUGGGUACGGUCAGCAGGCCUCCAUGAUGAAGGAACCCUUCACAGAUAUUUAUGCAUUAGCAUUUAAUGGAACGAUAACGAAACUUCAGAAACCUGACUUUAAACAACCUGGAGGAUACAUGGACACAUUGUUCAGAAACAUGACAGAAAAAUAUCAAUAGUAUCUCUUGUAGUAACUUUCAUUUGCAAUUAUUCCUUCAAGUGAAUAUUUGUUAAAAUAAAGUUAAACGUUUUUCUUGAUUGAUUUAGGAUAAAGUGUCAAUCCAUUCGAACAUGCAACUGCGUUCCUCAUACACAUGUAUAAUUGAGCAUUUGUAUAAGUAAAGAAUUUAUCUAUCCAAUUAUAAAAAGCGGAAAUUGUAAUCCUUUAGAGCAAAGUUUGAUAAGUAUAGAAGAAAAAGAAAAACAAUAAAUGAUUAUGAAUUAGGGUUCAAAAACAAUUUAAAAUGCAUUACUGUCACUCGGAUGUAAACUGUUUAAAAAGCGUUUACUUCCUUUGAAAGUUAAG